UUGAUGAGUUGUUCCACGUUCAUUUCAACGUCAAAAUCUUUGCCUUUUUUAUGUUAAUUUCUUACUUUUAGCAGGAAAAUGUCUUCAAAAGAAGGGACCACGAGUGGUAAUUCGCUGGACGACAGUCUUACCAACAUUCAAUGGUUGUGUGGACUAGAAUCCUCUGAACUUCUUCAAGCUCGUGAAAACGCGGCUCAAGAUGCAUUAUCAAAUGCCAUCUUACCAGAUUCUCCCAAUCCUUACUCUAAACCGCCAUAUUCAUACGCUACAUUGAUUCUGCUAGCUAUCAACAGCACAGAUGAUAAAAAGAUGACACUACAAGACAUCUACAAGUGGAUAGAAACUAAUUACCCUUACUAUAAAAAGUGCAAAAAGGCUUGGAAAAAUUCUAUCCGGCACAAUCUCUCACUGCAUAGUUUUUUCCUUAAAGAAAAAAGACCCCUUGAUCUGCCUGGCAAAGGAAGUUACUGGUCCAUCUCACCUGAAGGAAAGAAAAAUAUAAUGCAAGAAGUCAUGAAGCAUGCUCAACCAAUUGUACAAAAUCCACUUGCUACCUCUGGACAAGUUUGUCGUAACUUGAGACCUAUUUUACCCAAACCAGCAGGAGAAGCUCAACARUACUAUAAUGACAAUGUACCUGGUGUGUGUUCCUUUGCAAAUGGAAAGACCGUCAUGCCAGUUGUUAUCCUACCUACUAAUAUCUAUGUUGAGCUUGCUUCAAAGAUUGCCAACAAUAAAAAGAAUGAUUUAACUUUUACAGUAACACAAGGACAAGACUCUACUAUAAAAGUUAAAAAUAAUCUACCUGAUACUCAACAAAACACAGUCAGUACUGGAACAGUGUUUACAUCUUUAAUGGAAGAGAUCCUGAGGAACAAAAACUUCUCAGAAGCAUUGGAUAGUUUUAAGACUGAAAAUUUGGCAACUACUGCAAGUAAUGUUAACCAGGAAAAUUGUGAACCUGCAAUCAAGAAGAUAAAGAAAGAAAACAGCUUAACGCCUUGUUCUAUUGUGCAUGUUAAGAAGACACCUCUGAAAGACAGAACUCUUCCUACACUUGCAGCAAUGAACACUGCUCCCUGCAAUGACUCUGGCAUAUUUGAUAAAGAUUCCAAGAUACAAGAGUUUAACUCAUUGAUUCUCACACCAGCUCACCUUUCUACACCAAAAGGGACAAUUGCAGCAUCUCAAAUUCCUGUCCAGUCUUCACCAUUGUCUACAUUCCAUUCAGGACUUACACCUCUAAAGUAUGAUUCUGACAGUGGUUUUUUUACUCCUCUCAGAGAAGCAGACUUUGACUUCUUAUUAUCACCAAACCAACUUAGUCUUGAUCAGCUUACCCCUGCAAGGUUUAACAGCACACCCCAAGGAUGCAGAAAAUCCUUAAAACUAGGAACAGUACAUGAAGAAAUGACAGAUGGCAUGACAUGGAUGCAAUGAGUGAAGGCAUGGUUCGUGUGUAUAUUAUAUUUAUUGAGUGCAUAAUGUGGGAACUUAAUCAUUUCCAAAAACAAAAUAACAUGGUUAUUGAUGAAAAUGUCAAACUUUUUUUAUUUUAUGUUGAAUUCAUUUGAUGAGAAUCCCUACUGAACAUUUUGACAGCAAGAAUCUUAUAGCUGACAAUAUAACCAAACAUUUAGUGUGAGUGCAAGAAUAAACAUAGGCUGGAUUGAUGGGAUACUUUGAGUGAUGUUUUUUUAACUUGACUUGACUUGAUAUGCAUUCAAUUUUAGCGAUGUUGGAAAGUUGGAUUUGAAAACAUUUGAAAAUAUAACCCUUCCUAUGUU